UAUAAGUCAUGUGCUUCAAGAUAGGUCACGUGCUUACGCCACGUGUGUCCUAAACAAUAUCCAACUCUAACGGUGGUAAAGAGAAGAGAGACGCUGACCAGUGAAAAAUCAAAGCCCAAUCCUUAUUAAUACUCAAAGUCAAAGAUGGUCUCCAGAUGCAGCUUUGGUUUAACCAUACUUAGCUUAACACUUCACGGUCUUUUUGUACACUUAUUGUUCUUGGUUCUGAUUCUUUGCGAUGAUCUUGAGACCUGUACUCCUCUAUGUGUGAUCGCUUUCUUGUUCAAGCUGCUGGGAGUCAGAUCAUCUAUCUUUUUCCUUUAUGUUGAGAAUGUGGCAAGAGUUAAGAAGCUGUCUUUAAGUGGAUUCAUGCAUUACAAGUUAGAGGACAGCUGAUCAGCUCUUUGUUCAGUGGCCACAACUGCAAAACAAGUACCCCCGGGCUCACUAUGUUGGCUCCCUGAUGUAAACUGAUUUUAGGAACAAUCCUCAC